UUGUGUAAUUUGAUUGCUGAAAUAACAGCAACAAGUUAUUGCCAGAAAACAUUUUAAGAAUUUUUAAAAUAAAUCAUUUUCUUUUUGUCUUUUUAUGUGCAUCACCGCACCAUCAUAGGCUGUCACACAAAUCUCGGCAUUGUAAUAAAAUUGCAAUGAAUGAAUUUAUUUUUUAAAUUCUACGGGAAAUGUUCGAUUUCAAUUGAUCGUUCGAUUAACCGAACAAAAUGGUAUGGUAAUAUCAUAUUCCGUGUAGAAUCGUGUUGAAAAGUUUUCUUUAAUGAUCAUUAAGAUUAUAUUAUUAUUAUUAUCAUAAUCGAGUAUUAUUUCUUAUCUUAAAAGGCUUAUUUUCUCACCCGAAAAUGUCAAAUAUGUAGUAAUAUCCGAUAGGUUGUUCGAUCAAUCGAGCUGUUGGAGCGUGUGAGCAUGCUGGGCACCACUGCUAUUGAAAUACAUGCAAUUGUGGAGGUUAUAUGUAUUUUUAAUGGAAGUUUAGAUUAAUUAAAUAGUUUACGCAGGAAUUGUUAUAGUCUGUGUGUGGUUUUCGACACCCGAUUCGGGACCGAUCUGCGGCAGUCUCUACGUAAAAAUGAGGACGAAUUAUUGCUAUUUUCGCAGUUUCUGUAAGACUCUUGCUCGAAGCGGGUAUUUUUUAUAUGAAUCAGUAGCUGAUAGUGUGGAUUAUGCUUUAUUUUUUAAAGUAUUUGAUUUGGAAGAUUCCUUUUUCUCGUGGUUCCUUAUAACAGAACUUCAUGUAUGGAUGUUAUUAGUUCGGGCUAUGGCUGAAGGCAAGGAAGGCAGAUUUCUGAGAAAUCGUAUUAUUGAAGCAAUGUGGGAAGACGUCUCCACUCGUGCCAAAAAGUUGGAUGUGCAUAGUUUAGCAAAUUUCAGGGAACAAAUGAAUAUACUCUCUGAGCAAUUUCAAGCUGCCAUCAUAGGGUAUGAUGAAGGCCUUCUAUCAGAAGAUCGUGAAUUAGCUGGAGCAAUUUGGAGGAGGUUUUUCCGUCAAGAAUGCUCAGAUCCUGAACAAAUUGAAUGUCUUGUUAAAUAUGUUCGCAAGCAGGUGAAGAAGUUGGACGAGUUGCCUCAAGAAAAAGUGUUGCUUUCACCUUCUAUUACUUGGAUUCCUUUAGAACCAAUUAAUAAUGUAGGCUUGCGGUGAUAAUUAAAAGUACAUUGUUUUUAGUAUGUAUUAAUGUGUUCUGAUAGAAAGAAAGUGUAGAAAAUCAAUGUAUUAUACCUGCUUUGUAUUUAUUAAAUGUUUGUUUUGAAAACAUCAAGUGAAAUUAUAUUAUUUUUGUGUUUUGAUUUGGUAAUCAAAUUUUUUCAGACACUCGGGGUUAACAGUAAGUCAACUCGCGAUAAAACCAGUUUCAAAAACAUUAAUUUCAAUUUUUCUCAAAUGAUGUUUGCACGCAUUACACUAAUGGGUUGAAAGAGUUGAAAGAGAAAAUGUGUUCAAAUACUUAAUAUUUUAUGCAUUUAAAUUGGUAGUUGCAUAAACAACAUCGGUCCACUUUUUGCGAUUUUUGAGUUAUGGUCAGAAACAGAUUCCUAGUGGUAGGUACAUAUUUUGAAGUAUAAAGAACAUGAGUUCCUGUAUUAAAAUUGGGUGAAUAUGAAUGCUAGAUUAAGCAUCUUUGCAUAAACCUCAAGAGUCCAGGACUGAAGUGGUUUACAAUGUGGGGAAUGGAUUGAUGGCCGCAUGAAAAUCGUUUUUCACUUUGUAACAGUCAAAAUGUAGCUUCAAAAUUAUUAACAGAAAAAGCUUACAAUAAGAUGAUUCCAGUAAAUAUACUAAAAUUACAUGACAUAACAUAAUGAAACUGAUGCAGUAUAUUCCAGAAGAAGUUAAUAUGAGGAUAUCAAAAAUUGGCCAAGUACUGAGACAACAGAAGACAAACAUAGAAAUAAAGUUAAAUUUUAUUGUACUUCAUCAGAUUAUGAAAACAUUUACUCUAUUGAUAAUAAAUACACUGAAAAUUAAAGUUAUUGUUGACUUGAAAUUUUUAUUUUGAAAUAACAACACGAGUCCACAAAUUCAAAAUUCUGUAGUAAAGCACAGAUAAAAGAUAUUGUCAUGAUUUUUUAGGCAGAAGUAGUGCAAGUGCUUUGUAUUUAACUUAUUGGGGGCAUGUCAGUGUUAAUGUUUUCAAUAGUAAAUAGUUUUAACCUUCUCCUGUAAAAUUUACUUUUUAUCACUAAUUUUAUUAAUGCGACCACCGAUUCACUGGAAUUCAAGUACCACUAGAAUUUUUGUGUCUUAAAUUUUUUGUUUCAAUUUUAUUUUCAUUUCAUGGAAGUGCUGGGUGAAAGUGUCCACAACGUAUAUGGAAUUUGAUCUUGCCAUCUUUCAUUCUGUGCAGAUUAGUUGCUACUGCGACUGUCAGUGUUGAGGGUUGGUGUAAAAUACUUGGUGAAGAAAUAAUUUAUUGGAGGCUAUCUGUUUAAAAUUAUAAUUUAUUUUAAAAUUGUUUAACAACUUUAUUCAUUAAAUGAUUCCCAAAUAAAUUUUUUAAAUUUUUAAUCUGUGAUGUGGUGUGGCCUUUAGAUUUGCUGUUAAGAAAAGAAAUGAGUUUGGCAUACUCUUUUUAUUCUAAAUGUUAGAUGAAAGUAUCCAUCUGUUUUAUUUGCACGUAGUUUAAGUAUUAGUGUUUGUGCAUAUACU